AUUUGUCUCUCCUUUUCCCUUUUUUACUUUAUUCUCUUGUCUGCCAAAAAAAUAAAAAUAGAAAAAAAUCUUUGUGUUCUUCUUAUUUCUUGCAGAAUAUUAAGAAUUUUUAUAAAUUUAAUGGAGAUUAUGCCAGAAAAUUCAACUUGUUUGGAGCUAACCAUAUCUAUUCCUGGUUCUUCUUCUAAUUCUUCAUCUUUCCCUUCUCCUGGUGGUGGUGGUUAUAAUAUGAUGAGAGAGCUAGAUAUAAAUCUAGUACCAUCAAGUGGAAAUAUAAAUGAAGAAGAAAGCAUGGAGGAAGAUCAAGAUCAAGAAGAAGAAGAAGAAAGCUCUAAUAAUAAUAAUAAUAAUAAUAAUAAUAAUGGAGUACCUCCAAGAAAAAAACUACGUUUAACAAAACAACAAUCAUUUCUUCUUGAAGAAAGCUUCAGACAAAAUCACACAUUGAAUCCUAAAGAAAAGGAAGCUUUAGCCAUGCAAUUAAAGCUAAGGACAAGGCAAGUGGAGGUUUGGUUUCAAAAUCGUAGAGCAAGGAGCAAGCUGAAGCAAACAGAGAUGGAAUGUGAGUACUUAAAGAGAUGGUUUGGUUCAUUAACUGAACAAAAUCGAAGGCUUAAAAAAGAAGUUGAGGAACUACGAGCAAUGAAAGUAGGUGUCUUAUCACCCCACACUUGCCCAUCCACCCUCACAAUGUGUCCACAUUGUGAGCGCGUUACGACGACUACUAUCAGAGACGAAUCCAGAAUUUAACAGUACCUAGCUAGUUGGUCCAAAAGUGAGAACAACCCCUCACCAUCAUGUGCCUUCAUUGUGAGCGCAUUGCCGACACUACUAUCAGAGACAAAUCCAGAACUUAACAGUGCCUAGUUUGUCCAAACUGAGAACAAUUUAACAUGCAUUCAUGUAGUACAUAUAUGUGUUUUAAGGUUUAUUUAUCUCUUUUUAUUCUAAUGUUUAUAUUAUGUCUGAUUUAAAAACAGCAGUUUAAUGGUUUUCAUUUUG